UUUAUAUUACAAUACGACGUUCUAUUCGGUGCCUUUAUAUAAAUAAAAGUUGGCGUGCGUGGUCAAUUUUGCCAACUAUUUCCGGAAUAAUAAUCUGCCGUGAGAUGACGUUUGCGCUACUAUUGUCUGUAAGGUGUGUUAACGACAUUGUCAAGAACGUCGUCACAGCAUUAAAUUCUUAGAAUAUUGGUUUCCCAUGCGAUACAUUAUACUAUCGACGGAACACAGUAGUGAGUGCCGUAACAAAAUAGAUAUCAACAAAAAGAUAUUACACUGAACGGCUCGAGCAUUUGGUACCUUACCAAACAAAAUGGGCCUAACAAUCAGCAGUGUAUUUACCCGGCUCUUUGGUAAAAAGCAAAUGAGAAUAUUGAUGGUCGGCCUGGACGCUGCAGGAAAAACUACUAUACUAUAUAAGUUGAAACUCGGUGAAAUUGUCACAACAAUACCUACCAUUGGCUUUAAUGUUGAAACUGUUGAAUAUAGAAAUAUAUGUUUCACGGUGUGGGAUGUUGGUGGUCAGGAUAAAAUCAGACCGCUUUGGAGACACUACUUCCAAAAUACGCAAGGUCUCAUUUACGUUGUUGAUAGCAAUGACCGUGAACGUAUAGGAGAAGCAGAACGUGAAUUAGCAAAUAUGUUAAAAGAAGAUGAAUUACGGGAUGCAGUUCUCCUGGUCUUUGCUAACAAACAAGAUUUACCAAAUGCUAUGUCAGCGGCAGAACUCACAGAUAAAUUGGGACUUAAUUCGUUGCGUGGACGCCAUUGGUACAUUCAAUGCACUUGUGCUACACAAGGCCAUGGAUUAUAUGAAGGACUUGACUGGUUGAGUACUGAGUUAGCAAAAAAGUGAUAAAGCACUGUUGUUAUUAAUAAUCUUCAUGAAGAAUUUAAUCAUUGAACAUGAACGUAGAAGACAGGACGCAAUCUCCGUUUUAUCAGAUCACGCACUAUGUGUACGAUUUAAUACCACUGUGAUUCUAAUUUCUAAGAAGAAACUAUUAUGAGCAAUUGAGUAACUCGACUGACUCAAUGAUUAUACAGCUUACAUAAGCUUUUAUUUCCAAAUGAAGUUUCAUCUGAAUAGAGAAGAAAUUAUAAAUUACAAUGAGUACAUAAAUUUCAUGGGUUACAUUUCAUUUGUAUGGGUGCUUAUGAUUUUAACUUGUAAAGUUAUAAGUUUAUUCAAAAAAUGUGUAUUCAGUUUGAAAUAAACAAGAAGUAUUUCUACAUUGAUUCAGUA